CAGGAGGAGGCAAAGGACAGGACGCGGCAGGAGGAUCCGCACUGACCACAGAGACUUCUAUCUACGGGGCCGGAGACAUGACUGACACUCUGCGUCCACGGGACCUCAAGGGGGGCGCUCUGCCCGAUCGCAGCUACUUCCGAAAGGGCAAGGCCGUCGCACAGACCGGUCGCAGCAAAUUACAGAAUGAAAGGGCCGGGCUGAACAAUCAGAUCCUGAAAGCGAUGCGGAUGAGAGCCGGGGCUGAGAACCUCCUGCGGGCCACCAACAACAGCAAAAUCCGAGAGCAGGUUCUGCUGGAACUAAGUUAUGUGAACUCCAACCUGCAAGUUCUCAAGGAGGAUCUGGAACGUCUGAACAUAUCAGUGGAGGUGUACCAGCACACAGAGCAGAGCGCCAGCAUUCCUCUCAUCCCUCUCGGCCUUAAGGAGACAAAGGAUGUUGAUUUCACGACUGCCUUCAAGGACUUUAUACUGGAACAUUACAGUGAAGACGGAGCGGACUAUGACAAUGAGCUGGCCGACCUGAUGGACCUCAGACAGGCAUGCCGGACUCCUAGCCGUGAUGAAGCUGGCCUUGAGAUGUUGCUCAGUUACUUCCAGCAGCUUGGGUUUCUGGAGAACAGGUUCUUUCCAUCCAGCAGGAAUAUGGGGAUAUUGUUCACAUGGUACGACUCCUUCACUGGCGUUCCCGUGAGCCAACCAAAUAUCUCGUUGGAGAAGGCCAGCAUCUUAUUCAACAUGGCCGCCCUCUACACACAGAUCGGAACCCGCAGCAACCGACAGACGAAAACCGGACUGGAGGAGGCGGUCACCAUGUUGCAGAAAGCUGCAGGUGUACUCAGCUACCUGAAAGAGACGUUCACCCACACCCCCAGCUAUGACAUGAGUCCGGCCAUGCUGGGAGCCCUCAUUAAGAUGUUUCUGGCAGAAGCCCACGAGUGUUACUUUGAAAAGCUGAUCCUGGCAGGAGUCCAGAAUGAGUUCUGCACAUUGGUGAAGAUGGCGCAGGAAGCGGCGAAGGUCAGUGAAGUCUACUUGCAAGUGUUUAACGCCAUGAACCAGGCUCCCAUCAAGGAGAACGUCCCCUAUUCCUGGACUGUUAUGGUACAAGUAAAAUCGGAACAUUACAAAGCCCUGGCUCACUUUUUUUCAGCAAUCACACUCACCGAUCACCAGCUGACACCUCGUGAUGAUGAAGACAAGCAGGAGAAGGCUUUAUCGCAGCUCUAUGACCACAUGCCAGAAGGAAUGACCGCAACGAAGAUACUGAAGGAUAAACAGCAGCGGAACCUGCUAGGAAAGGCGCAUUUAUCCAAAGCGAUUGUGUGCCACGAAGAAGCCCUGAGGUUGUCUAAUCUGUGCAGCCAGCUCAAGCAGAUCGACGUCCUGCAAGAGAUACUGUCUGCUUUCCACAAGAGGGCGCUGCUCAAGAACUCCAAUUACAAGAAAGAAGAGGACUUCCUCGGAUUAAUGGUGGCCCCUGAUAUAGUCAGUAAAACCGAGUACAAGGCGGAGAUCAUUCUUCCCCCACUCUCCAGGGUGAAAGUGAUUGAUUUCUUCCAGCGACUGGGCCCCUUGUCAGUAUUCUCUGCAAAACAGCGGUGGACGGCACCAAGGAAGGUCCUCCUGACUCUUGAGGAUGGGGAGAUGGGGUUCAUCUUAAAAGGUGACUGCCCUGUACAGAUAACCUCACUGGAUCCUCUCUGUCCCGCUGCAAGGGCGGGUGUGAAGGAAGGAGAUUACAUUGUGUCUGUGGAAGACAAGGACUGCAAAUGGUGCUCCAUAAAUGAGGUCAUGGACAUGUUAAAUGGAAUAAACGAAGAAGGCAAGGAGAUCCGAGUGAUCAGUAUCCAGGACCAGACGUCGAGCCUGCACAACAAAAGCGCCACGUACUCGGCCGGGAUGCAGAAGACCUACUCUCUGGUCUGUCUAACCAUGGACGACGACAAGAACCCCAAGACACAAAAAGCAACAAAAAAGUUAUCGUUCCUCAGCUGGGGAUUCAGAAACCGUCAGAAAGCAGCGAGCACCCUGUGCCUCCCUUCCGCCACUGGCGCCAAGCCUCAGAGCAGCAAACUUUUCCUCUCACCCUAUGACAGCCGGGCGUGCGACAGCGCUAUGUACUGACCCCCGUCUCCCAAAAGACUCCGAACUCCUAUAGAGACAACUGUGACAAUCCCGCAAGCUGUGACUGUGAUUCUAAUUUAUACAUGUCCUCCUUUGUAUCACCUCCCAUACCGGCAAGGUGUCAUCGGAAGAUAGGAAUGGACUAAAGGGACCCCUCUAAUUCUACUGAAACAUGGAAUCGGUUCUAGUUUUCUGCGUUUUUUUACCAUUAUUUAGUCAUCUAUAUGAAAUACCAUAAUCAGGUUUAGUCCAUAAAUCAGUAGCAUUUUUAACUGUUCCAUGGCAGCUGUAGAUGCACAUUGUUCUUGGCGUAAACUGCAGUGGAAAAUCUGCCCGAACUACAUGCACGGAUAUCAACAGCGUAGGGUGAAAUACACCGCAUAAGUUGAAAUGCCGCAGGUUUAAAAUUUGCAUUGCAGUUCUACGUCUCUGUUACUGUAAAUGCAAUGGAUUUUCUGCUGCAGAAAAGCCACAGCCUGUGUGAACACGCGCCAAUAAUCAGCGAGAACGAUGCAGUAUAUGUUGGCGCUAUACAAGAUGGAAUUUUCACUCUAAUUUCAUCCCGCUUUGCGGUUAUCCCUGCUGCUGUUUUUAAUACGGCUGUAGAUUU